AUGCAUCGCGCGUCUCAUGGCGAGGCGAGAUACAGGCUGAUAUGGAGCAAGCUCCAGCUGGACCACUGGCUGGAGACCUCCAUCGGCCGCCUCAACGUGGAGCUUCGCCUGUCCCUCUCUGCCGAUUUCAGCCAGGAGACAGCCGGAGAAGGGCUGCAGGACAGAGAUGGCAGCAUCUCGGCUCCAUCGAAAGCUGCCUGGAGCUUCGGGGAGAACCUGCAGAGCAAUGGUCAGCUCCUUGAGAAGGUCGAAGGAGCUUCGACCAAUGGCCAGAGUGAUAUCUUCGAGGACUGCAUUGAGCCGGUUGCAGCCGAAAGUGCCGGAGGCAAGAAACUUUUGAAGCCGGUGGAGCUGAGGUCUCUCAACACUUCAGGUCUUGAAGUGGAGCUGGCUGCCUCGGCAAGAGGACUGGCUGGCUUUGCCGGGUACCACACUUCGGUGCUCAUAGACGGCGAGGAGUACUACUUCAGCCCGACGGGAAUCCGAUACGUCAAGAAGCUCAUGAGCCACCCCCGGCGGUCUCAGGCGACGCGCACGCAUAUCGGGUUCAGCAAGGCAACGGGCCAGCAGAUGCUCGACUUUCUGAACGAACACUUCCUUGCUGGCAGCUACGACUUCCUCAGGAAGAACUGUAACAGCUUCACCGACGCAGCUUUGUACUUCCUCUGUGAGACGCGCCUAGACUUCAAGUACCGGGCCAUGGAGACUAUCGGCUGGAUGGCCGAGAGUCGGACCGGCAUCCUGAACUCCAUCAGCAGCGGAGAGUAUCGACAAAAUCGAUCAGCUGAUGAUUUCGACCUUGAGGAUGUCUUGGAGCAGAUCGACGAUGAGCGUCCGGAGCAGGAAGUCGAAGACGAGCCGACG